CAAGGCCCAAAUCGACUAGCUCGCAAAAGCUGCAGCUAGCGUCUGUAAGACACUAGCGUGUAGGCGCUUAGCAAAAAAAGCCAAGCUAAGCGCCCGAGUCGAUACGGGUGUGGCGACAGGCUCAAAAGGACCACAGCUAGCGCGCAGACAGCGCAAGCUCACCACUGAGGCCACCGCGCGCACAACCCAGUGCUUCAGCUCUCCAGCACCCCCAAAGCUGUGCGCAGCGCGCGACGCCGCGGGACAGCCGAAAAAGCGCAGCACAAGCAAAGAUGUCCGACCGCAAAGAAAAAAAACACAAGAAGAAGAAGCACAAGAAGGACAAAAAACCAAGACUCCACGAGCGCGUCGGCUACACCGACGACGACAACCCGUUUGGGGACCGCGAUCUGGGGGCGACGUUCGUCUGGAAAAAAAAGGAGGACCAAUCGAAAAGAAAGAAGCGGCCCCCGCCGUCGCGCGACGAAGAAGAUAGGAUCGAGGAGAUCGAGAAGGUGCGGAGGCGAAGGGAUGCGCGGGAGGCGGAGCUGGCCGAGAUGGAGCGGCUCCGGGAUGAGGAGAGAAGACUAAGGGACGCGGAGCAGUUCGAGGACUGGCAGGCGAAGGAGGAGGACUUUCAUCGCGACCAGACGCGACUUCGAAGUUUGUUGAGGUUAGCUGGUGGUAGAAGUCGGCCGGUCGACCGGCUGGCGAGGAACGUAUUGCUGGUCGAGUUGGGCGAGAAGGCCAUGAAAGGCGACGAGGAGGACUACUCAGCCGCCCAACGGUGCGAGGGCGACGCGCUGCGGGCGCUGGCUGACUUAGAUGUGGAAGUUCAGCCGCCGGCGCGCGUCCUCGAGGGUCUGUCCCGAGGUCAAUUGGAGGAGAUUAGUACGGACGCGCGCGAGUAUGCUGCGAGAGAGGGGAGUGACGGCAAGUGGCGCGACUUCUGGCGCGCUUUACUUGUUCUCAUUGAUGACGCGCUCGAGGGGAGCGACGGGCGCGCGCUCGGGGCCGUUUCUGGGGAUGUCCAGUCGUUGCUGCGCGGGAAGACGCGCGCCGAGCUGGAACAGACUGCGGCAUCAGCUAGGCAAAGAGCGGAGGUGGCCCAGGACGACGCGUACUGGCGCGCCGUCGCUAGAGCUGCGGAUCGCGCCGCCGCCACGAGAACGCUGGACGACGCUCAUUCAGAGCUAUUGCAGCGCCAGCUCGUCAUCCUGAAGUGGCGCACGGAGAAGUUGCGACAAGACCCGGAAGCUGCCAAUAGGCUGAGGACGCAAGAGACGCCAGUCGUCGCGCGAGGCGACGUCGAUGUGAACGGCGACGAACUGCGCGCGAGAGAAGUCUCCAGGGGCUUCGCCGACGACGAGGAGCAGAUGCUCGCCUCGUCUGAAGUCGAGACCGCGAACGUGCAAGGGCUGCGGAAGCCUAGAUACCUCAACCGCAUCAAGACGGGCUACGAGUGGAACAAGUACAAUCAAGCGCAUUAUACCCCUGAAGAACCACCUCCAAAAACAGUACAAGGGUACAAGUUCAACAUUUUCUACCCCGAUCUGGUCGAUCCGAGCAAGCCUCCGAUCUAUAAAUUGGAGGCGUGUCCCGGCUCGGAUGAUUUCGCGAUCCUGCGCUUCAAGGCGGGACCGCCCUACCGAGACGUCGCGUUCAAGAUCGUGAACCAGCAGUGGGAGUCGCAGCCCAAAAGAGGUUUUCGGUGUGUCUUCGAGCGGGGCAUUUUGACGCUCGCGUUCAACUUCAAGCGGUGGCGCUACCGGCGGUGACGCGUCGGCGGCGGCGUGCGAGCUGCACGCCAUCGCCGCGGAGCCGUCGGUCGCUGCGGGUGGCGGGCUCCUCACGCCAUCGGCGCGGCGCGGCGGCGUCGACAACGUGCCAAAUAAAACUACCUUGUGUUUGAAACCUUACGCAA